UCCAUACUUGACGUGGAGGGGGUUUUGCACACUCCUGAGAAACGCUGGUGGCCGACUGACGACUGUGGCGGUUCUCGAAGGCAGCAGAAGCGGGUCCGGGCUCAGGAGUUCGGAGGGCCGUCCCAGAACCUCCUCCUCGUAAAGUGUGCGCUCUCACGCAGCGUAAGUGCGUCAAGGGCGCACUGAAGCCUGACCGGGAGGCGCGCGAACAUGCUGGCGAGGAAGAGCAUCAUCCCGGAGGAGUUCGGCCUGCCGGGGCUGGUGUCCCGCAUGCCCCGCAAGCCGGUGUUCCGGGACCGCGUCAACAAGGCGCGCUUCAUCGCCAAGAACGGCUCGUGCAACCUGGCCCACAAGAACAUCCGCGAGCAGGGCCGCUUCCUGCAGGACGUCUUCACCACGCUCGUGGACCUCAAGUGGCGCUUUACCCUCGUCAUCUUCACCACCACCUUCGUCAGCAGCUGGCUCCUGUUCGCCAUGAGCUGGUGGCUCGUGGCCUUCGCGCACGGAGACCUGGACCCGGAGCUCCUCAACGGGACUCACUGCGUCACUGACGUCAAGUCGUUCACCUCGGCCUUCCUGUUCUCCAUCGAGGUCCAGGUGACCAUUGGCUUCGGUGGGCGGAUGAUCACGGAGCAAUGUCCUGCCGCCAUCACCGUCCUCAUCCUGCAGAACAUCGUGGGCCUCAUCAUCAACGCCGUCAUGCUGGGGUGCAUCUUCAUGAAGACGGCGCAGUCCAACCGGCGGGCGGAGACACUCAUCUUCAGCCGCCACGCCGUCAUCGCCGUGCGGAACAACCGCCUGUGCUUCAUGAUCCGCAUCGGAGAUCUGAGGAAGAGUAUGAUCAUCGGGGCGACCGUGCGGCUGCAGGUAGUGAGGAAGACGACCACCCCGGAGGGCGAGGUCAUCCCCAUCCAUCAGAUCGACGUCCAGACGGAGAGCGCUGUGGCCAGCAACAGCUUGUUCCUGCUGGCCCCGCUCAUCAUCUGCCACAUCAUCGACAAGAGCAGUCCGCUGUACGAGCUGUCGGCCAUGGAGUUGCAGUGCAGCGACCUGGAGGUCAUCGUCAUCCUGGAGGGGGUGGUGGAGACCACGGGCAUCACCACGCAGGCCCGUACCUCCUACGUGUCCGAGGAGAUCCAGUGGGGCCAUCGCUUUGUUCCCAUAGUGACAGAGGAGGAGGGGGUCUACUCCGUGGACUACUCCAAGUUUGGAAACACAGUGCGGGUAGCCACGCCGCGCUGCAGCGCCAGAGAACUGGACGAAAAGCCGUCCAUCUUGAUCCAGACGCUGCAGAAAAGUGAGCUGUCUCAGCAGAACUCGCUGCGGAAGAGGAACUCCAUGCGCCGGAACAACUCCAUGCGGAAAGGCGCCGGAAGCAGCGGGAGUCUGCGGCGGAACAACUCCAGCCUGCAGGCUUUGCCCAAAGUCCAGUUCUUCACCCCCGCCGAGAGCGGCCAGAGCAUCAACGCCGUCACCUGACAUGAGGCCCGCCUCCUGCUAG